UGUCUCUGACCGCUCUGUACGAACAGCGACGGGAACAAACGAACGCAAUGCUCUUUCGAUAGUUCGCAUACUUUCCGAUAUGCUGCAUUGAUGGCGCUAUCAUACAACUUCUGAACGCAGGUGCACUGGAGACCGUUGAACAUCCGGGACAAAUAGAUAAACUAAUUGUAAUCCGUUGGUGCUCCUUUAAGAAUGUAUUACAUGCAUCCCUAAAAUCUCUAAGUGUUGCUAAUUUUUUUCUUUCUCCUUAUUAUUCGUGUGAUGCUAAAAUUCAAUCAAGAAAUUCCUUUUCAGUUUUAAUUCUUUAUUGUCGUUCAACAAUAUAUUUAUCUACAUAAUAUAUUAUAGAAAUCAUUUUUUACAAGAAACUAAUUCGUUUAGAUAUUUGUGUUGAAAUUAGAAACAUAGUUUCUUUUUUGCGUAAUACGGAAAUUUUAUUUUUAGUAUUUUUACAAUUGCACGUGAUUAAAAGAACAUAUUUUAAAACGUAUUCGUCUGCAUUGUACUACAAUUAAAGGAAAUUUGAAACUGUAAUUUUAAGUUGUUUUUAACGCCUUUCACGUGCGUUAGGAAUUUUCGAAUUUACAAAGUUUAUACAUAUAGAAUUGGUAAAACAUUGAAAUUGUCGGUUUUGAAAACUGCGGACGUCACAUAUACAUAUAUAUCUAUCUAUACAUAUAUACAUUUAAUGUGCAUACGACAUGUGACGUAUUUAGAUAUCUCUGCUACUUAUGCAUAAGUGUUCACUAAAGGUUAUACUUUUAAUUUUUUUACGAGAGAUUGUAACAGAAUUGUAACUUGAGUAGAUUAUAUUGAAACUUUAUGUUCUCGCCAGUUAUUUUUAAUUUCACAAAAGAAAUUUAUAUAUUAAUGUGAAAUUAACAUGGCAACAUCUGAGAGUGAUGAUUUUGAAAGUGCUGAUGAAGAAAUGAACUGUAACAUAUCCGCAAAAAAUGUUCAAACACAAAUGUGGACUUCACCAACAACAAUAGAUUCAGAAUCUGAUGAUGAUACUGAAUUUGUACCCCGAAUUCCAUAUAAAAAUAUAGUUUAUAAUGAAACACAUUCAUUAAAAAGAGAGUUAAUGACUUGUAAAAAAACAAACGAUGAAGAUACACCUAAAAAAAGUAAAGAUGAUAGCAUUAAAAAUAUCUCGGGUCAUGAAAAAGGGGAUCAACCGACGAAUAAUAUAGAGAAAGCUGAUAACGAGCCUACAAUUACUAGUAUACAGACAACAGUAUUUCCAGAAACAGAUUCUACUGCUAUGAAUUUAAAAAUAACAGAAGAUGAUGAAAAGAAUAGUUUAACUGAGAACAAUACAUCUACUAGUAUUGUCCAAAAUAAUAGUUAUACAGCUAAUGAAAACAGAGCAACAAACAUAUGUAUUAUCUGA